AUGAUGGAACAAAAAAUUAUGUUUCUCCUAUUUUUUAAAAUUUCUGGGUUUAUUUUUUUUUUAUCUUGUAUAAGUCAUUUUAACAAUGAAGCUAAUAUGUUUAUCAAAUAUUUAGAUGAGAACUAUAAUAAUAGUAGCAAAAUAGAUAAAAAAGAUUAUAGAUUACUGGCAAAAUAUAAACAGUAUAAGAAUUACAACUAUGUAGGUUUAAAUGAAAAUAUACAAAAUAAAUGGGAGCACCAAGAAAAAAAUAUAUAUAAUAAUAAAAAAUGGGGAAAGGGAAAGAACAAACGGUCUAAUAGAAGUUUAUUAAAUAAGGCACAAUACUACACAGAAUAUAUAGAUUACAAUAAUGCAAUGUUUGAUGGAAAACAUUUUCAUUUUGAAAAAAAAUGGAUAAAAAAAAAAGAUUAUGAUGAUUAUGUCGAAAAACAAAGAAGAAUUUGUGAUAUAUCUUUAAAAAAAUUAAAAUUUAGAAAUUAUGGUUAUGUCGUUGCUAUAUUUAUUAUUAUUUCCUUCUUUGGAAUAGGAAUACCAGUAUUAUCAGGGAUGAACUCUUUAGAUACAGUAUUGGAAUAUAUUAUUGAGUUUCCGUUAUUUAAAUAUUUUAAAAAUGUUAUAAGUGAAUUGUCAGACUCACAUAAAUAUUGUCUUUUAGGAAUAACGUUAAGUACAAUUAUCAUUACUUUAUCGAUUAUAGUUGUAAAGGCAAUUUGUAAGAUCUUAAUAAAUAAUGAAAAAUAUAGAAAAUUUAGGUUAAUGAAUGACUAA